AGCCAGCAAGCGCGUGCAGUUACACCUUGUACACAGAUGGCCGUGUGACUCCUAUCUUGUAAAUUAUGUACAUAAAGUAACGUCUGAAGGUAUCUGCAUGUAUAAGUGUAUAUACAUGUAUGUCGCAUCAUCUGUGUGGCACAUACCGUUAGACCUCCUGCCUGCUCUAGUGUAGAUUUAGAAAGACUCGACUCUAGUUGGGAUUUUCAAACUUGGAUUUACCGACACGCACUAAUGGUGAAGCUCAAAUUUUAAAAAGGAUAUCAUUUGAAAAUGGUCGUAUCUUGCAUAAUCUGAUGGAAUAUUGCUGUUAAAAUCAUUAUAGGCAAUGAAGUGAAAUUUAAAGGUCGCUUGAGCAACGUUUGAAAUCAUUUGUGUAGCUACAUAACGGAAUAUAAAUUAUAGGGCUUGUUUAGCUAGCUUGCUAGCUGUCUGGGUUACCAGUUUGCCUAAAAAAAUCAGAACGGACGUCACGAGAUGAUACAUUUAGGAUUUACCUGAGGAGAUUCACCUUAAGACUUUGACAGAGAAGAUUAUCUAUAAGAGGAGGAAGAGGCCCUAGCUUCCCUCUCUUUCCCAGAGACAUUAAACACUUUCUUCUGCCUCAGCGUGUGUAUAUAGUAAGGUUGGCUGAGGCGAGGCUUUAUUGAGGUGCCUAUUGACUUUAGUCCCCUUGGUAAGGUGCACAGGAAAGGGUAUGCACUUUAGGAGAUGGAGAGAAAGAAAGUAAGGACAGAAAGCUAGGACGGAGUGGAGAUAAGAAGCACUGUGCUGCUCAUCCUCUUUAUGCCUCUGUAAAGACUCUAAAGAAAGGAGAGAGGAGGACGGGAGCCUCUAGUGGCAGGGCCCAACCCCGUAGUCACCAGCAACACUGGAACAACAGCAGCCAGAGAACCUAGAAGGUGGGUAAGAAGAGGACCACAGAAAGAGAGGAGAGACGGGGACUGAACAAGAACCAGAGGGUCGGAGGAGGAGAGGACGGGGAGCAGGAGGUGCAUCCCCAUGGCGACGGACCCUGGAGAACCCACGGGGACAGAGGACUCCUCAGAGAAAACUGAUGGAGCGCGAGAGGAGGAGACGGAGCAGGAGGAUGGCAGGAGGGAAAGGACGCAAAGUACCCCCUCUGACUUCCCCUCCUCCCAGGCUCAGGAGAGGAGAGCCGCCGAGGGUAGGGAUACAGGAGAAGGACCAAGAGGAGGCGGAAGUAGAGGAGGGCGAGGAGAAAUGGAGGACAGAGAUGUUAAGGAAGAGGAGAUACCUCCGUUUAGACCUGUGUCUCUCUCCACACCCUCAUCCCCGGCUGCGACCGUGGUGGCUUCAGGGUCAGGAGGUCACGGGCCGAGGCUGAGGAGAGAGAAGCGUUUCUUCAGGAAGAGUGUGGAGAUCUGCGAGGAGGAGGACGAGGUAGCGGCAGACCCCCCAGAGGUGUCCCACUCCGCCCCCCACCUGGAUUCAGUCUUCACCCUCACCGGGGCCCAGGCCUCUACCGCCACCGCCGCCUCAGCUUCCGCAGCCCUAGGACACGACACCGCUCACCAUGACCCAUCCAGCCCCAGCACCACCCAGGACCCCGGGGCCAAGGACGCUCCCUCCUCCGCCCCUGCCCAGACGGGGAAGGAGAGGGACAGGGAGCAGGAGGAGGAGGCAGAGAUGAAGGCUGUGGCCACCUCGCCGGGGGGGAGGUUUCUGAAGUUUGACAUUGAGCUGGGGAGGGGAGCCUUUAAGACCGUUUACAAAGGCCUAGACACUGAGACCUGGGUGGAGGUGGCCUGGUGCGAACUACAGGACCGUAAGCUGACCAAGGCGGAGCAGCAGCGUUUUAAGGAGGAGGCAGAGAUGCUGAAGGGGCUCCAACAUCCUAACAUUGUCCGUUUCUAUGACUCCUGGGAGUCAGUGCUGCGAGGGAAGAAGUGCAUCGUCCUGGUCACCGAACUCAUGACCUCGGGGACACUCAAAACGUAUCUAAAGCGCUUCAAGGUGAUGAAGCCUAAGGUCCUGAGGAGCUGGUGUCGUCAGAUCCUGAAGGGCCUCCAGUUCCUCCACACCCGGACCCCUCCCAUCAUUCACAGGGACCUGAAGUGUGACAACAUCUUCAUCACGGGCCCCACCGGCUCCGUCAAGAUAGGAGACCUUGGACUGGCUACUCUCAUGAGGACUUCCUUUGCUAAGAGUGUCAUAGGUACUCCUGAAUUCAUGGCUCCAGAGAUGUACGAGGAACAUUAUGACGAGUCAGUGGACGUCUAUGCCUUUGGGAUGUGCAUGCUGGAGAUGGCCACCUCAGAAUACCCCUACUCAGAGUGCCAGAAUGCUGCACAGAUCUACCGUAAAGUCACCAGCGGUAUAAAACCAGCCAGCUUUGAUAAAGUCAAUGACCCAGAGAUUAAAGAGAUCAUUGAGUGCUGCAUCCGCCAAGACAAGAAUCAGAGGCUGUCCAUCCGGGACCUGUUGACCCACGCCUUCUUUGGGGAGGACACUGGGGUGCGUGUGGAGCUGGCGGAGGAGGACAUGGGGUAUCAGGAGUGUCUGGCCCUCAGGAUCUGGGUGGAGGAUCCCAAGAAGCUGAAGGGCAAACACAAAGACAACGAGGCCAUUGAGUUCAGUUAUGACCUGGAGAAUGACAGCGCAGAAGAGGUGGCUCUGGAGAUGGUGAAGUCGGGCUUCUUCCAUGAGAGCGAUGCUAAAGUGGUGGGGAAAUCAAUCCGCGACCGUGUCACGCUCAUCAAGAAGUCCCGUGAGAGACGCCAGCAGCAGCUGCUCCAACAGCAGCAAGGCUUUGUUGAGAGACGGGACUCCACCCUCACCUCCUCCUACACCAACACUUACCCCUCCUGCACCUCCUCCCUGGGGCCUGGGGUGGCUGGGCUGACAGGGCGAGGCGGGGGAGGUGGUGGGCAGGGGGAGGCUGAGGAGAUACCAAAGGCAGAUCAGCAUACGAGGCAACAGCAGCAGAUCCACAGUGGGAAUCCUCUGAGCCUACCCACAGGAGGGGAGAGCAUUGUUUCAGCCAGCUGUGAGUCCUAUGCCAAUGGCCAGAGCCAGGCGUACCCUCAGCAACGGGAGUCCUACGUGCUUUCUCAAUCCAACCUCCCUGCUGCUGCUUCGGCAAUUAUGGCCCACACCAAAAUGUUCCCAAUUAGUCAGAGCAGAGGAGUUCCGAAUGUGCUUAUUGGUCAGAGUAGUGGGAUUUCCGGCAUGUCCAUUGGCCAAAGUGGUGGUGGGGCUCCUGAUGGUCAGCAGACUUACGUUCAGCCUGUUGCCAUGCCAACACAGGUUUCACCAGAUAUACCACAGCAGUAUUCACAGUCAUACCACUCAGAUGGGUCACAGAUUUCCCUGUCCUACGCACCCCCAGUCUCUCCCCAAGCCCAGCUCAACAUCCUCCCAGCUCCCAUGUUAGCGGGGGACCCAACAGGACGAGUGGGGGCCAUGGUCCCUCUCCCACAACAGGCCCAGGCCAACGUCACUCCCAAUGUCAUCCAGAUGACACCCCAGCCUUUAACCCAGCAAGCACUGCCUGACAUGAUCCCACAGCAGCAGACCAUUGUUCAACAACAACAACAACAGAUACUGAUUGAGCAACAGCAGCAGCAGCAAAUGGAGGCUCAACAAGCCGCCCUGCUUCAGCAUCAUCAACAACAACAUCAACAACAGGCCAGUGUAAUUCCCCAGAACCAGGCGGUACAGCAACAGAUGGAACAACAGCAGCAGCAACAGCAGACUAUAGCAAUCCAACAGCAGCAAACUACUGAGCCACAGCAGCAAGUGUAUGUGCAGCAAGCUUUGGUUCAGCAGCAGCAGGCCUUACUACAACAACAACAACAAUCAAUGGAACAACAGCAGCAUCAGGCCUUACUACAACAACAACAACAAUCAAUGGAACAACAGCAGCAUCAGGCCUUACUACAACAACAACAACAAUCAAUGGAACAACAGCAGCAUCAGGCCUUACUACAACAACAACAACAAUCAAUGGAACAACAGCAGCAUCAGGCCUUACUACAACAACAACAACAAUCAAUGGAACAACAGCAGCAUCAGGCCUUACUACAACAACAACAACAAUCAAUGGAACAACAGCAGCAUCAGGCCUUACUACAACAACAACAACAAUCAAUGGAACAACAGCAGCAUCAGGCCUUACUACAACAACAACAACAAUCACUGGAACAACAGCAGCAUCAGGCCUUACAACACCAACAAUCAAUGGAACAACAGCAGCAGCAACAACAGGGAUUGUCAUUGCAGCAACAGCAAUUGGAUCAAACCCAAGCCUAUGCGCAACCACCGCAAAUUGACGUACAACAGCAGCAACAACUGCAGCAGCAGCAACAGCAGCAAAUAUUGUUACUACACCAACAACACCAGAUAGAACAUCAGCAACAACAACAAGCAAUGUUACUAGAACAACAACAGCAAGUGUACAUACAACAGCAGCUUGAGCAACAGCAGCAACAGGCUUUGCUACAACAGCAACAACAGGCGCAACUACAACAGCACCAACUGGAGCAGCAGCAAGCAUUGUUACAACAGCAGAUAUUUGAGCAACAGCAGCAGCAAGCUCUGUUACAACAGCAGCAACAAGAGCAGCAGCAACAGCAAGCCUUAAAGCAACAGAAACAACAGGCACAACUACAACAGCACCAGCUAGAGCAACAGCAAGCGCUCCUACAGAAACAACAGCAACAACAACAACAACAACUGGAGGCUCACCAAGUGAGCCAGAUACAACAACCACAAAUUGAUUUACAACAGCUGCAACAACAACAGCAAGCUGUGCUGAAACAACCGACCCAACUACAACAACAGGCGGUCGUCAGUCAUCCAGUCAACCCACAGCACCAGCAGGCUGUGCUUCAGCAACAGUUGGAACAACAGCAAGCCAUGCUACAACAGCAACAGCUUCAACAGCAACAAGUGAUUUUACAGAAACAGCAAUUAGAGCAACAACAGCAGCAAGCUCUGUUACAACAACAGAUUGAACAACAACGGCAACAGCAGGCAUUGCUACUGCAACAACAAGCGGAGAGAAUUAACCAACAGGGUUUGCUACAACAGCAGCAGCAACAGAUUCAACAACAGCAAGAGACUGGGCAACCGCAGCAGCACCAGCAAACCACCAUAAUUCAAGUACAACAAAGCGAGAAACAAGAGACCGCUUUAAUUCUGCAACAAUGUGAGCAGCUGCAAGCAUUGAUUCAACAGCAACAGAUUGAUGUAUGUAUGUUGCAAAACCCUGCUUUGUUUCCACCUAGUCACACUAGCCUAACCCAGCAGCAACUGACAGAACAACAGCAAGUGGUGCUGAUACAACAACAACAACGACAACAACAAAAACAACCUAUCUUACUGGAGCAACAACAACAGGCGUACGUUGCCCAGCAACAUCAGCAGCACCAUCAGAGCUCUGUCAUUGAACCUCAGCCUCAGAUCCCCCUUAUGGUCCCAGGCAUACCAGCAGCAGAGGUUAUACAGGACAUUCAGGUCCAAGCUCAGAUGGCCGCCCAGGGUCAGGAAGUGAUACCUGUAGACAUUCAGCUACAGAUUUCCAGCCAAGCUCUUCCGGCUGUAGUGCAAGCCCAUGCCCAAGUCCUGGCCCAGAUUCAAGCUCGGAAUGAAGCUCACCCUCAGAGCCAGGGAAAUGUCUCAGUCCCAGUACUCCAAGCCCAGACCCAGCCUCCACACCAAGCCCAGCCCCAGAUGAUCGAGGUCCAGAUUCCAUCUCACAUGGUGGCCCCAUUCCAGGCACCAAGUCCUCCGAUCCCUAUCCAGCCUCAGGUUCCUCUGGUACAGGCUCCCCAUCAGAUGCCAGCUCUAAUACAGACCCAGGCACCAGGGCAGUCAGUCAUCCAGCAGACUCCCCAGCCUUUGCACCCAACCCAGGCCCUGACUCAGACUCAGAUUCCAAAAGUUCUUGAGACUCAGAUGAUGCCUCCUAAGCAUCAGAGCACAGCUCUGGUCCAACCCCAACCUCCAGUUUCAAUACCCCCCAUGCAAAGCCAGGUCCAGCCUCAACCCCAGCACCAGUCUUUAGUGCAGCCCAGUGUUCAACUUCCAGAGGUGGUGCAGCCUCAACUCCAGCACCAGGCUCCAGCCGGCCUAUUGGCACCGCAGUAUGUCACUGCACUUCAGCCCACACAACAGCAAACCAUGCAGCCAGUCCAACAGCAACAUCAGGACAUCACUCAACAAGUUUUACAACAACAACAACAGCAGGUACUGAAGGAGCAACAACAGGAGAUCACUCAACAAGUUUUACAACAACAACAACAGCAGGUACUGAAGGAUCAACAACAGGAGAUCACUCAACAAGUACCACAACAACAACAACAGCAGAUACUGAAGGAUCAACAACAGGAGAUCACUCAACAAGUACCACAACAACAACAACAGCAGAUACUGAAGGAUCAACAACAGGAGAUCAUUCAACAAGUACCACAACAACAACAACAGCAGAUACUGAAGGAUCAACAACAGUUCAUGCUGCAGAACCAGCAGAUGAUGCUGUCCCCUGGAUCUGUUGGAACUGUCCUUGCAGCCCCUGCAGCCAAGGUCAUAGACCCUACCACCUUGGGCUCUGCUUCGUCCCAACACAUACAACAACAGACUGGACAAGCUCCAGCCCCCAUCCAGCUGGCUCUGCAGUCCCUUCCCCCUCAGCAGCAGCAAGUCUCAAUUCCCACUCUCAACCGAAGUCAACUGACUUCUCCGCUUCCUCAGAUCCCCGCACAUCUGUUGCCCCAGCAGCCCACUGUUAACCCAGCACAGAUAGCAGCCCCCAGUAACGUGCCCCAGCUCGGGACUCAGACUAGAGCCCUACCCCUCUACAGUCAGGUAGGAGCAGGAGGUCCUCCACCAUCCCCCCAGCACCAGGCUCAGCUGACGCAGCCGCUACACGCCCACACACACACCCAGACGGCCAUGCAAGCUCUCGCAAACACUCACACCCAGACACUGGCCCAGACGAAGGUCCACACCGAGACCCAGCUCGCUGAGGCCGCAUUGGUGGCUGCCACCACCGAGCAACAGCACCCUCUGAAUCCCCCCCAGGCUACUUCCCUCCCUCUUCCACACAUGCCCCCCUGCCCCACUCAUACAGCAUCUCACCCCCACCCUGCCUCCCUGCCACCCCUCCGUCCUGCUACCCCUGGCCCAGAGACCCAGCCCACCCCACCAGAGAGUCAGCUAACCCUGCCUGGCCUGGCUGAUGGGCCCCCGGGACCCACUUCUCCCCCGUCUGUUGCCGCCGCUGCUGCUCAGCCCCUUGAUUCUAACGCCCCCUCGCUGCUGCCCCCAACCUCAACCUCGCUCCCAGACUGUGACCCUGCUCUGCUGAGCAUUGCUCAGGAGAGUCCGAAACAGUCUGGCACAGAGGGACACUCCACUUCAGGCUCUGUUCCAGACAAUGGGGAUGGGGAUUUACAGAUGUUGGCCAAUGGGAAACUAGAGAGGGUGAAGUCUCAGAGGAGAUUGUCCUAUCGGGGGCCAGAAAAAGGAUCACAUGCAUUUCAACUGACCAUGAUUCAGGUGUCCGGCUCUGGGGACAACAUGGUGGAGUGUCAGCUGGAAACCCAUAGCAACAAGAUGGUCACCUUCAAGUUCGACAUUGAGGGAGACGCACCUGAAGACAUUGCAGAUUACAUGGUGGAGGAGGAUUUUGUCCGUGAAUCAGAGAAAGAGACAUUCGUGGAAGAGCUGAGGUCCAUUGUCAAGAGAACUCAGGAAAUUCUCCUCACACAUCAACAGACUGGCUCUAUGGAACAGCUGCAUGUGAGCACUCCAACAGGCACAGCAAUGGACGGGGCGCCUCAGUCGUCUCCGGUGGGCAGAUGGAGGUUCUUCAUCAACCAGACCAUCAGACACAGAGACUCCACAUCAAACCAGGGAGGAGCGUCAACCCCUCCACCUCUCUCGACCGGCGAGGUCAGGGUGCCUCAGCCUACAGACACUGACCCAGAGUGGGAUGGAGGAUCCCAGAGAUCGGACUCCUCCUUUGCUGAAAUGGUUUCCUCUCCUCCUAUCUGCCCCACCUCCACCUUGUGUGCCCUGGCCUCUGCCUCCUCCCCCCCUGCCUCCACCUGCGUCUCUACCAUUUCUACCCCUGCCUCCAUGUCUGCCCCCCCAGCCACUGCUGCCCCCACUCCUGACACGACUGCCUCUGCUGCCUCUGACAGAAGUGUUUCUGACCUGGCUUCUACUAGUGGAGCUGUUGCCUCAGUCCUACACCCAGUCCCUGCUGCCUCAGCUGGUCUAGACCUGCAGGCUUCCAUCCACCAAAUUUCCAGUACAACCACAGCAACAUCCUCCAUUCCAACCCAUGUCCCAAACACCGCUACCAACCUCCCAGUCCCUGCCAUGGUAGCUGCUUCUGCCACCAUUGCGCCCUCUACCACAGGCUGUCUAACUGAAGCUCUGACCUGCUCCAUGGUGAGCCAGGGCCAAGGCCCAAGCCUGGGGGAUGUAGUGAUGGUGGCAGCCCCAGGGCAGUGUGUGUCUGGUGGGGGCCACUCAUCCACCGGCUCCAUCCACCCUCCAGUGGCUGUGGCUACAGCUAUGGCCUCUCCUCCUGCCGGCCAUGCAGUUCUGGAGCAGCAGCAAAACACUCUGCCUCAGAUUCAGUGCAUGGCAACCCAGCCUCAAGCUCUGCCUCAGAUUCAGUGCAUGGCAACCCAGCCUCAAGCUCUGCCUCAGAUUCAGUGCAUGGCAACCCAGCCUCAAGCUCUGCCUCAGAUUCAGUGCAUGGCAACCCAGCCUCAAGCUCUGCCUCAGAUUCAGUGCAUGGCAACCCAGCCUCAAGCUCUGCCUCAGAUUCAGUGCAUGGCAACCCAGCCUCAAGCUCUGCCUCAGAUUCAGUGCAUGGCAACCCAGCCUCAAGCUCUGCCUCAGGCCCAGGUCCAGUUACAACAGCAGCUCCAGACAAUGCAACUGGUACAGCAGCAGCAACAGCAACAACAACAACAAACCCUGCAGGCUGUGCAACUUCAACAGGUACAGCAACAACAGCAAGUGUACCAAGAGCAGAUACAACUGCAGCAUCAGCAGCAGCAACAAGCAUUGCAAAAAUCUAUUGAACAAUUGCAGAUGCUGCAACAGCAACAACUACAGCCACAGCAACAACAACAACAACAACAGCAGCAGCAGCAGCAGUCUCAGCUACAUUUACAGCCUCAGCUCAGUCAGACAAAGCCAUUACAAAAACAGUGUAUGUCCCUGCAACCACAGACAGAGAUGUUGCCACUGGCACUACAACAACAGAUACAUCAACUGCCUGUCCAAAUGCAGAACACACAGUGCAACACACAGUUACACAUUCAACAGCCACAGCUACACCAGUUACCACCACAACAACAACUACACCAGUUACCACCACCACAACAACAGCCACAGCUACACCAGUUACCACCACAGCAACAACUACACCAGUUACCACCACAACAACAACUACACCAGUUACCACCACCACAACAACUACACCAGUUACCACCACAACAACAACAGCCACAGCUACCCCAGUUACCACAACAACAACAGCCACAGCUACACCAAUUACCACAACAACAACAGGCACAGAUACACCAGUUACCACAACAGCCACAGCUACACCAGUUACCACCACAACAACAACAGUUACCACCACAACAACAGCCACAGCUACACCAGUUACCACAACAACAACAGCCACAGCUACACCAAUUACCACAACAACAACAGCCACAGCUACACCAGUUACCACAACAACAACAACAGCCACAGCUACACCAAUUACCACAACAACAGUCACAGCCACAGCUACACCAGUUACCACAAGAACAACAACAGCCACAGCUACACCAGUUACCACAACAACAGCCACAGCUACACCAGUUACCACAACAACAACAACAGCCACAGCUACACCAGUUACCACAACAACAGCCACAGCCACAGCUACACCAGUUACCACAAGAACAACAACAGCCACAGCUACACCAGUUACCACAACAACAGCCACAGCUACACCAGUUACCACAACAACAACAACAACAGCCACAGCUACACCAGUUACCACCACAACAACAACAGCCACAGCUACACCAGGUACCACAACAACAACAACAGCAACAGGCAGCGAUUGACCUGCAGCAACUGCAUCAGCAACAGUUAGGUCUGGAACAGGCACUAGAUAUUCAGCAGCAACAGGAAAUGUUCCAACAACAACAACAACAACAACAACAGUCUUUUAUGGCUGGAACUGCCAUACAGGGAGAUGUGUUACAGCAGCAACCUGCGCUGCUAGCCCAGUCAGUGAACCAACAGUAUGUCCAACAACAACCAGUACAGCUACUAAACAUGGCACUGGUGCAACACCAGCAAGCUCAUCAACAACAACAACAACAAGAGGUUAACCCUCAGCAGAAGCAUCAGGUGCCCCAGCAGGAGCAGCCGUCGUUCCAACAGUCAGAGUGGGAGCUGUCUACAUGGGAGGCCAUUGUGACCGAGGAUAAAGUCAGUCACUCUGCACCUCUACACCACUCCUCAGACUCCACUCUGCCCCUCAACAUUAACACAACUUCCGAUGCCCCCCUACACCCCCUCUCCCUCACCCUGACACCCUCCCCGGUCCAACCAUCCUCUGUGGCCGAGUCGGACAGCGAGGGCCCUCCCAAAAUCGAGUUUGUAGACAACCGCAUUAAGACUCUGGACGAAAAGCUGAGGAACUUGUUGUAUCAGGAGUAUAGUAGUGGGGCAGCUGUGACGGGGGGAGCUGCUGUGGUUUCUACCUCAGGUCCCACCGCAGUGUCAGCAGCCUCCACAUCGUCAGGAGGGGUCAAAUCCUCGGAGCCGCAAUCGCUCCAUCUCUCCUCCUUCCCUACUCCUGCCUCCUCCUCCUCAGACACCUCUCCUCAUUCCUCCUCCUCCACCACCUCCUCCACCACCUCCCGCUCCUCCUCUACCUCUCCUGACCUGGAGAGGGGGAGAGGAGUGGGGGAGGAGGCUCCUCCAACAGGCCCGGUGGAGCAGCAGCCCGCCCCGUCUCUCUCCUCCACCUCCCCCCCUUCCUCUCCCCUGGCCCCGCCACAUGGAGACUCUGCCGGGCCACCGCCUAUCCCUGGAGAACCCACCUUUCUUGCUGCCCCCUCUCACUCUGACACCAGUACCCCAGGAGAAGUCACUACGUGGCCCCCCAAUCUGCACCCCGUCCCCCUGGGCCAUGGACUGCCACAGCAUAAUGCAGGAGGUGGAUAUUUUGGCCUAAACCUGACAUGUCCUAGUAUCAGAAAUCCCGUUAGCAAGAAAUCCUGGACUCGCAAAUUCAAAAGCUGGGCGUGCAAACUGCGCCACUCCGCCAGCUUGUUCAAGAAGCCCAGAGUCAAGCAAGAUGGUCACUCUAGAGGCAGCCAGGCAGUCAGAGAGGGAGCUUCCUCCAACCCUACCCACUCACUCAAGGGACGAUUUCGGGUCACCGCAGUGCCCCAGCUCCCCGAGGCCUCUCCCCCCAAAGAGGCAGCCUCCGGUAUAGGCAGCAGUCACAGGAAAGUGGGGCGCUUCUCUGUCACCCAUACGGAGGCCCAAAGAGAGGAGAAAGAGCUAACAGACAGCUCCCCUGUGUCUCCUGACCUGGAGAGAGAAAGGAGGAGGGUCCGAGGGAAAGAGGGAGAGGAAGGGAAGAAGAAUCCAGCACUGAGCCACCCACCCCGAGGACAUGGGCAUGGUCACUCACCCCUAGGCAGUAGUGAUGAUGAGGAGAGUGAAAUGGGGGAUGAAGACCUGAGGAAGGAGCUGCACAAGAUGAGAGAGAAACACAUCCAGGAGGUGGUGUCCCUGCAAGCUCAGCAGAACACAGAGCUCCAGGAGCUGUACAAACAGCUCCGCACCCUCCAAGAGCACCGGCCGACCCUGCCUCUGCCCCGCACUCCAACCCUCCCCUCGGGAGCGACAGCCCUCUCCCCCCGCAGGCCCCGCACGGCCAAAGCCAAGCUCCGGCCCAGACCCCACUCCCACAUAGACAACAAUGGAGUCACUGGUCACCCUGGUAUCCAGCAGUCCAGUAGUUUUUCAGGCGGAGAACAGAGCAGACUACCACCGUACUGCAACCCAGAACACACCAACCUACUGACUACUAAAAGAGACCACAGUCCUCCCUCCCAAGGUGCCAGGAAGAGCACGUUCACAGAAGACUUGCACAGACUGGUUGAUGAUUGGACGAAGGAGACAGUGGGUCCCACCCAUCCCAAGCCCUCGCUCAAUCAGAUCAAGCAGAUUCAGCAGGUGCAGGAGUUGAGAGGCUGGCCACAGCCCACAGAGGUGGCUCCUCCAGGUUGGUUCCCUGUGGCACCACUGAACCCCCAGGCCUCCCCAGCCCCAGCUCAGUACACUGCUGGGGGGAGCCUGAGCCAGUGGAGUGGGGUGGGGGGACCACCAGGAUCACAGCAACAACAACAACAAACGCACAUGCCUCAAGUCCCACAGCUGCAGCAAAGUUUACAUCUCCAGCAAGCCCAGCCUCCUCACCCAUUACAGAUACAGCCCUUUCAGCAAUCACCUCUAUGCCUACAACAGCCCCUAAUCCAGACUCCACUACUGUCUCAGUCCCUGGCUCCUGUACAGCCACAGACUGGGCAACAACAGAUACCCAAGCAGCCCAAUGUAGGUGUAGGAGCCUCACCACAGAAUCAGAAUCAACCUCUGUUGCCUUCCCAGAUACCCCAAAUGGCCCCGUCAUCUGAGCUGGCCCUAGCGCAGCCUGGGUGUCUGAUUCCUGGGUCUAGCACAACCGCGGUGGUGGGAACCAUAGACACUGGACCUGCUGCUGCUGCCACCGGUGUCCCCAGAGGGACAUUCUGCUCCUCCUCCUGCUGCUCUGCUGCAGCUCAACCAUCCAGUGCCAAACUUCACCCCACGCCCCCAACCUCAACUCUUCCUCUGGGACAGCAGUGAAAUGAAGAAAAUAAAAAAAGGGAAGAGUGAUGUCGAUUAUGAUGGAACGAGUGAAGGAGAAAAAAGAUGGAGAGUGUGUAUGUUAUGAGAGUUAAAUGUCUGAGAAUGAGAAAAUGGACGCCAGUGGGUUUGUAAAGUUGAGAUGGGGAGUGAAUGAGAGAGAUGGUUGAGUCUAUGUAGAGUAUGUAGAGUAGAGUAUGUACAGACAGAGGGGAAAUUUAGAACUCUGGUGGGGUUAUUGUUGUGUUUGAGUGUUGAGAUGUACAAACUUGCGUAACGUUUGUGUGUGUAUUUGUGUGUGUGUGUUUGUGUUGCCAUUGAUUUUCUCAAUACAUAUCUCUUGUGUGUUUUGACACCAUGUUAUUUUUUAAAAUCCAACUCAUUUGGACCCUGAACUCUUCUCCCAAGCAGAGACAUGAAGGAACACAAACAUUAUGACAUUAUUAUUGUAUUUUUAUUUGUCAAUGCUUACUUAUAUUGAAAAGGACUAUGGAUUUUAGAAGUGCAAUUACUAACUGUCAUCUAAAUGUUAUCAUCCUGUAUUGUUUGUAAGGCAUUUAACAAAAUAUUUUUGUAGAAGCACGUUGACAAGAAUCAACCAGACAUUUACAAGCCAAUACAGUGAGCCAACAUCUUACAUGAACAUAGCACAAAUGUUUCAACAGGCUACCAAUGAGAUGUAAAGCAGUUACAACAACAGCAUGUUACAGUAACACCACAGAGCAUGGUAAUAAUGGUGCUACCUGGCUAUUAUCACUACCACAAUGUCACUAAGCAUACUGUUGUACGGUGUAGUGCACUGGCAAGGCAUGUACUUUGUGUAUUGUUAUAUUUUACAUUGAUAAGUAGUGGUAACAACUAGGUUAGAAGAUCUAAAAUAACACGUUGAUGAGUAACAUGAUUAAAUUCUGAUCAAUUGAUUUCCUUAAUACACUGAAAAAUGGAUUUAAUUGAUGAAUAUGUUCAGUGGGCUUUCAUUUAAAUCUUACUGAAUAAACACUCAUCGAGACUAAAACUG